AUGGCGAAAGCCUAUGAUUAUUUAUUUAAACUACUUUUAAUUGGUGAUAGUGGUGUCGGAAAGACAUGCGUGUUAUUACGUUUCUGUGAUUCAGCAUUUAGUACCACGUUUAUAUCAACAAUUGGAAUCGAUUUCAAAAUCCGUACGAUUGAUCUAGAUGGACGAAAAAUCAAAUUACAAAUCUGGGACACUGCUGGUCAAGAACGCUUCAAAACGAUCACCACCGCAUAUUAUCGUGGCGCUAUGGGUAUUAUGUUGGUGUAUGACAUCACCAGUGAGAAGAGUUUCGAUAAUAUCAGAAAUUGGAUACGGAAUAUCGAAGAACACGCUUCAGCAGAAGUUGAACGAAUGUUGAUUGGAAAUAAGUGUGACAUGGAAGAUAGACGACAAGUAACCCGAGAGAAGGGUGAAACUCUGGCUAGAAAUUAUGGCAUUAAAUUCUUAGAAACAAGUGCCAAAGGUAAUAUUAAUGUUGAAGAUGCAUUUUUGUCUCUUGCGAAAGAUAUCAAAAUGAAAAUUGAUCAAAAAUCAGGUUCGGAACAACCGGGCAGGUCAGUGGUAAUAAAACCAAAGAAAGAUUCAAAUAAGAAGCCUGACAACUCGUUUUGGUCGCGUUGCUCAUUGUUUUAA